AUGAUCGACUCAAAUGUUGCAGAGAGCCUUAGACAAGUGACAAAAUCAGUCGAUGAGGUCCUUGGUAUGAUCCAAGUGCAGCAGCAACAUCAUCUUCAUCGUCAUAAUGCUACUGCCGCUCCAGUUUCACAUCCUGAUCCUUAUGAUCCUGCACUUUCCCGGAAGGCUGAUGUCACCGUUUCACAGGAUGGGAGUGGGAAAUUCAAGAGAAUAAUGGAUGCCAUUGCAGCUGCACCAAGCCAUAGCCAGAAGCAGUUCGUGAUAUUUGUGAAGAAAGGAGUUUACAAAGAAUAUGUGAAGAUUGAUAAAACAAAGACUAACUUGGUGUUGAUUGGAGAGGGCAUGAGUGUUACCACCAUAUCUGGAGAAAGAAGCAAUGCUAGUGGUUGGGCAACAAUGAAGUCAGCAACAUUUGAUGUAAGGGCCGAAGGAUUCCUUGCAAUGAACAUAGGGUUUGAGAAUACCGCAGGACCAAGCAAAGGGCAGGCAGUUGCACUUUCAUCCGGCAGCGACCGGUCGGUUUUCUACCGGUGCAAGAUAAGCGGAUACCAGGACACAUUGUUGGUGUUGUCGGGCCGACAGUUCUACCGAGAAUGCACGAUCAGCGGCACCGUCGACUUCAUUUUUGGUUAUGGCACAGCCGUUUUCCAACACUCUAGAAUUAUUCCCAGGAAAGCCAUCAAAGGCCAACAAAACACAAUCACCGCCAAUGGUCGACUUUCAGAAGACUCGUCAGGGUUCUCGUUCCAGUUCUGCAGAAUUGAAGCAGAUUCUGACUUGGGGGGUGAUGUUAACUCUACGAAGACGUACUUGGGUCGACCUUGGGGCAAAUAUUCACGUACCGUGUUCAUCAAGUCUUUUAUGAGUAACAUUAUAAGGCCAGAGGGUUGGCUGGAAUGGAGUGGGAAAAAUAAUCUUGAUACUUUGUAUUAUGCUGAGUACAAGAACUAUGGUUCGGGUGCCUCGGUUGCAGGCCGGGUCAAGUGGCCGGGUUAUCAUUUGAUUUCCGAGGCCGAUUCAUUUGCAGUGGACAAGUUUAUUGGUGGGAAGUCAUGGCUGCCAUCCACGGGUGUCCCAUUUAAAGCAGAUCUAUAG